AUGACAGACACCUCCCUCUUGGUUUGGAAUGUGCGCGGAAUUGGCAACCCCCGAGCUCAACGAGAGGUACAUUGGCUCUGCAAGCAGCACCGUAUCCGCAUUCUUAUUCUUCUGGAGCCUAUGGUUUUUGCGGAUGUUGCUUUCUUUUGCCGGCGUUUUGGCUUCUCCCAGAUGCUUACUAACGCGGUCAAUUCUAUCUGGAUUCUUGCUGAUGACUCCUAUAAACUGGAGCCUAUUUCGGAGAUCGAUCAGUGUCUUCAUGUGCAGCGCCGUGCCCUCUGGUCUUUCCUACAGGACACAGCGGCCUCGUCAUUGGGGUCUCCUUGGCUUAUCGGUGGCGACUUUAAUGCCAUCGCCGACAUAUCUGAACGGAAGGGCCCAGGUCGCCCUAAGUUGCGCUCUAUUCAGGAUUUCUCAGCGGCUAUCCUUGAUGCGAAUCUUAUCGAUGCCGGUUUUGAAGGCUCCCCCCAUACAUGGACAAAUCGACGAGUUUGGGAGCGCCUGGACCGCAUUCUCUACAACACUGCCUGGGAGGAUUUCGCUGAGACGACUCGUGUCAGACACCUCCCGCGGAUGCACUCGGACCACGCCCCGCUCUUGGUCCGAUUCUCGCAUGAAAGACACCGCCUUGCCUCUGCAUUCCGGUUUCAGAACAUGUGGACCAGACACCACACUUUUCAGGACCACGUCCGCCAGAGUUGGGUUGUCCCGACGGGCACCACCGGUCUCCUCAACCUGCGACUGAAACUUGGACGACUCAAACAGGCUCUGAAGUGGUGGAACAAACAGGUAUUUGGGAAUGUUUUUCAGGUAUUGGCAGCAGCAGAAAAAGACGCAGAGGAGUGUGAAGCGGAGUUCGAUCGGGAUCCCUCUGACGCCAACCUCCUCCGCCGUCAGCGUAGCGCUGCGGCUUUGACGCACGCGAUUGCACUGGAAGAGGCUUACUGGAAACAGAAAGCAGCCUGUCGGUGGGCGGUCGAGGGAGAACGGAACUCCCGUAUGUUCCAUUCCAUGGUGAAGGAACGACGCCGGCGGGCGACAAUCUUCUCGAUGGCUGACGGUGCUCGUACCCUCACUGAUCACUCAGAUAUUAAGCAGUCAGCCAUUUCCUAUUUCUCUGGGAUGUUGGGACAGCCUGAUGAUGCCGACACGUCGGAAAUGGAUGCCUUGGCACCCACCCACCGCCCCAGGUUCCGCCGGCCGAGUGCACUCGGUUGCUUGAACCGCCUACACUUGCGGAGACUCGUGCUGUGGUCUUCUCGAUUGAUCAAGAUAGUGCGGCUGGUCCCGAUGGCUUCUCUGCCGCCUUCUACCAGAAAUGUUGGGAGAUCAUCCGGGAGGAUGUGUUUGAUGCUCAGUAAGAUCUUCACAAAGCUACUCACCACGCGCCUUAGCCCUCUACUGCCGCAGCUUCUAUCGCCGCAUCAGAGCGGCUUUGUCAAAGGCCGCGCAAUUGCGGACAAUAUCCUGUUAGCGUCGGAGAUGGUCCAUGAUCUUAAUCUGAGAGGAGGCUCGCACAAUUUAUUGCUGAAAUUGGACCUUAACAAGGCGUACGAUCGGGUGUCAUGGCGGUUCUUACGGCACGCCCUUUCCAGGUUCGGUUUCCCGGCUCACUUCAUCACUUUGAUUAUGAACUGUGUUGAGCAUGCGUGGUACUCGAUCCUUGUGAAUGGGGACCUGGAUCUCUUAUCACGCGGCUUGGAGCGCCUCUACAGCCGUUUUCCGGAUCUGUACUAUCGGUGUCGUGGUCGGUUCCGGCUGACGCACCUUGCUUAUGCGGAUGAUGUCCUCAUAUUCGCUAAUACCUGUGGCAAUCGCAUCAGCCUUCUGACCGACUUUCUGACGACUUACGCACGGAUUACUGGCCAGAAGGUGAACUGUCAGAAAAGCCAGCUUGUUUUCAGCCGCCAGUGCCCGGAGACUGUUCAACGACAGCUCCAAUCGGUGACUGGUUUUGGCGCAGCUGAACUCCCUCUUACAUAUCUUGGCGCGCCCCUCUAUGUGGGCAAUCGGCGCAAUAUUCUUUAUGAGGAACUCCUUGGAAAACUCCGUCGUUAUCUGCAGCGCUGGGAUCGCUCGGUUCUAUCUCACGGGGGUCGAUUACAGUUAAUCAGGAGCACUUUGUUCUCGCUCCCCCUAUAUCUGCUGCAGGUACUUUGCCCCCCCCAGGCGGUACUUCACUCUGUGGAGCAACUUUUUGCUCGUUUUUUCUGGGGUUCUUAUCACGGGCACCGCCGCCGCCAUUGGAUCUCCUGGGCGGAUAUUGCACGGCCACAGGAGGAGGGUGGGCUUGGCAUUCGUCGCCUGGCCGAUACGGUUCGGGCCUUCUCGUUUAAACUAUGGUGGCGACUCAGAGAUGGCUCCUCCCUUUGGGCUCGCGCGCUUCAACAGAAAUAUUUUCGGAAUUCCUUCCCAGGACUUGCACCCUGCAGGAGCUACGACAGCCCGGUUUGGAAGCGUCUCUGCCAGGUUCGAGAUGAGGCACAGACUCAGAUCACUUGGAAUUUGGGGCGCGGGGACUGCUUCUUCUGGUAUGAUAUUUGGUGUGGAGAUCGUCCGCUAUGCGCUGACCGCCAGGACCGCCCUCCGCCGAUACGGGUGAAAGAGAUGUGGGUUAACGGGACGUGGGACAUGCCGCGCCUCCGAGCUUACCUCCCUGAAACCCUUGUUCAGCAGGUCUCGGCGAUUCCUCCUGAUCUCCAGACUGCGGAUCAGCCGAUCUGGAAGGCCUCGACCACAGCACCGGCGCCGGCGUUCGAGCCCGAUAUAGAGCCGCUGUAUCGCCGUCGACCUGGAACCUACUGUUCCGGUCGAUCUCCAGCCAUACCCUCGCCGUCGUUGUCUUCAUCAUCCUCCAACGACCUAGACUGCUCCUUGCCGUGGCCGGAUUCGUUCACCGUAAAGUGA